AGUAAAUAAUUUCCUUCUUCAAAAUAAAAGACUAUAGAAUUAUGAAUAACAUAUAUAAGAUUUUAAAUAAAUUUAGCUAUGUGCGUUCGCUAACUAACACUCAAUGAUAAAAUCAAAAUUCUGUUUUUGGACACUUGUCCUAGGCGGUCUCCAGAAUAUUCUAACCUUUAUAUGGCAUAUUACAAUUGUCUGCUCUAUGGGCUGUAAUAUUCAAGCAUUCAUGAUAAGCGACUCCCUGAUCAAAGGAAAAACAAUCAAAAACAUAUGGGGGAAUCCCCAAUUCUGCACGUCCCAGAAACAUCCACAAUAUCAUGCGUGCCAUGACGAUUUCGUUAUAAUGGCAAGAAUCAAAGAACCUAUUCAACCCAAUACCGAUACAAAUACCCUCUACAAAAUAGAUACAAAAAAGAUAUACAAAGAUGCAAAAAGUAUCGCUAUUUUUCGUUAUCUCUCUAUCCAUCAAUCACUGACCAUGGGAAAUUGCAAAAAUUUUAAAUUAAUCACAGGAAGAAAAUAUCUUUUAACGGGUCAAAUAUCCGGCUCGAAAUACAAAAACGAUGACGUUAUAAAGAUAGACAAUCACAGCUGGAUCCGGUCAUGGCAAAACGUGACCGUGAGACAGAGGAAAGGAUUUCACAAAUCAUAUCACAAUUAUUGCCAAUGCAAGAUGAAAUUUUGCAAAUUCAGUUUCAUUGAUCGAUGUAGUAAAGAACCUCCACUGUCAUCUAAAAAUAACUCGCUAUAUCUCAAAAAAAUGGAGCUAUUACAAAAUAGCGUUUUGGUCGAUAACACUUACCAUAACCUUUGUAGGUUCGGCUCCCUUCGACCUAAAUUGCUCAAAGAUUGCCAAAAUAAGUGGACAUUUUGCCAACAAAUAGGCCAAGAUGCCUACGAAUGGAACAGAAACGAAUACUACAUAAAUUGUUUAAACAGAGAAUCACAAUCUAAAUUUAACAACUUUACUUAAGAUACAAGUCUGAUAAAAGACUUAUGAAGAACAAUUCAUUGAAUGUGUUGUUAUAAGGAAUCUGUCUUUUUUACAUCUUACUAAAAAAAAGAAGAAUAUAUGUAUUUUUUUACCUUAUCCUAAGGUGGUCUAAAGUUUUUUUUAGAUAUCUUUUACUUUAUUAGUCCUAAUCUAUUUUUGC